AUGAAGGCCAUUGCCUUCACCAUCAAUAAUGGUCCCAAGGAGCUCAUCCACUGGCGCUUCAAUGAGUGGAUCAACCACCUCAUCACCUUCAAGCCAAGUGGCGAAAUCCUCUACAUGAGGCAAAACAAGGAUGGGCAAAAUGAGGAUGGGCGAAAUGAGGACAGGCAAAACAAGGACAGGUGA